AUGAUAAAUGUCUUGUUGGAUCACCUAUUUGAUAAAAGAGUGCUGAACCUGGAGGAGAUGGAGAAAAUAAGAAAGGAACAUGCCACAGCUAUGGAUAAGGCCCGAGCUUUGAUUGACUCAGUCAUUCGGAAAGGGCCCUUGGCAAGCCAAACAUUUAUCAUUCUCAUUUGUGAAAAGGACCACCACGUUGCAGAGAACAUGGGGCUGUCCCCAGGAUGCAUUGAUGUCGAUAUUAAAAUUUACAUCCUAUGGUUUCAUGUGAUAUAUCCUACAGUUCCUCCAGAAAAGACUGGGCAAGCUGAGUCAGCAGAAACUACAGAUACCCUCAAGCUUUGUCUUCCUGAAGAUUUCGUGAAAGAGUGUAAAGAAAGGGUUGGAGAGAUCUAUCCAAUAAAGGAGAAAACGGGCCGCACUCGCCUGGCUCUCAUCAUAUGCAAUAUAGAGUUUGAUCAUCUUCAGCCCAGGCAGGGGGCUGAACUUGACAUCACAGGGAUGGAAAAGUUGCUUGUGAGCCUCGGCUACAGUGUGAUUGUGGAAGAGAACCUCACAGCCAAGGAGAUGGAGUCAGUGCUGGUGACAUUUGCUGCCCGCCCAGAGCACAGCACCUCAGAUAGUACAUUCCUGGUGUUCAUGUCGCAUGGCCUCCUGGAUAGACUCUGUGGGACUUGGCAUAGCGAUGAAAACCCAGAUGUGCUACCUUAUGACACCAUCUUUCGGAUAUUCAACAAUCGCAACUGCCCCAGUCUCAAGGACAAACCUAAGGUCAUCAUUGUCCAGGCCUGCAGAGGUGAAAACCGCGGGGAAUUGUGGGUCAAUGACUCUCCAGCAGCCGUGAUGGACAGCUCUUCACAGUCAGCUGAGAGCCUGGAGGACGAUGCUGUUUCCAAAGCUCACGUGGAGAAGGACUUCAUUGCUUUCUGCUCCUCAACCCCACAUAACCUAUCCUGGAGAGACCCUAGUAGAGGUUCUCUCUUCAUCGCACAGCUAAUCAGAUGCUUCCAACAGUAUUCUUGGCACUAUCACCUCGAGCAAGUAUUUUGGAAGGUACAACUUUCAUUUGAAAAGCCAGAUGUUAGAGCCCAGAUGCCCACCAUAGAACGAGUAUCCAUGUCAAGAUAUUUCUACCUCUUUCCUGGCAAUUGAAAAUAGGAAUUACAGGCAGUCCUGCCCUUCUUUACCAACUUCUAGAAGCAACUCUACCAGUAUGCCAC